CUGUAUCUUCGACGGGCAGCCAGUGAUUAUGCGUCCAGGAUGAUAAGCUUCCGUGGCUCGCUUAUGUAGAUCUGAUCUAGAGUCUUACAUGACUUUCUUGGAGUAGAGUUACGAGAGCUGUUCUGAGCAAGACCUGAUCAGUCCAUUCUAGCGCACGGGCUUGAGGAGGAGGGUAUACUGGCGAGACUUCAAUCGAGCAUCGAGGAGCUUUGAGCCUUGUACAUUGUGUGAUACGCAAGAAGACACUCAAGACUCGAAGCAAAAGAAGAGUAGUUCAUUUCGACCAGAAACAACUUAAACAGAACUUCUAGCUUCCUUAAAAUACUUGCGAAGAGUUUCAAGAUGGCGAGCUCCUCCACGCCUUCUGUUACGUUCACUGAUGGGAGCAGCAAAGUCGUUCUGGACAAUGGUUAUGUCAAGGUUACCCUGUCCAAACCAGGAGGUAUUGUCACAGCAAUCAGCUAUGCAGGACUGGACAACCUCUUGGAGGUUCGCAAUAAGGAGACUAACCGAGGGUAUUGGGAUCUGAAUUGGAGUGAGACCGAUGCAAAAGACAUCUUCGACGUACCUGGUGGUACUGACUUCAAGCUAGUAUAUUCUGAUGGAGAUAGAGUUGAAGUUUCAUUUACUCGCCCUUUUGAUUCGAAUCGUAAUCCAGCAAUGGUGCCCCUUACUAUCGAUAAAAGAUUUGUCCUCCUUCGCGGACACUCAGGUUUCUACACCUAUGCCAUAUAUGAUCAUGCCAUUGGAUGGCGCGAUUUCAAUCUCAACCAAACUCGAGUUUGUUUUAAGCUUAACAGAGAUAUAUUUCAUUACAUGGCGUUGGCUGACAACAAGCUAAGGCUUAUGCCCUCUCCUGAGGAUAUGACGGAUGCUCGGAGUGAGCAGCUAGCUUACAAGGAAGCAAGACUUUUAACCAACCCCAUAGAGCCAUCUCUGAAAGGAGAGGUCGAUGACAAGUAUCUUUACUCCUGCGACAACAUACAAAACCAAGUGCAUGGAUGGAUGUGCGACGAUCCAGGUGUUGGAUUUUGGAUGAUCACACCCAGUAAUGAGUUCAGAAAUGGAGGUCCUACAAAGCAGGAUUUAACUUCUCAUACUGGCCCAACGUGCCUUGCAAUGUUUCACAGUGCACACUACGCUGGUAUCGAGCUGUGCGCUCAAUUCAGGAGUGAGGCUUGGCGGAAAGUGUUUGGUCCAGUUUAUAUUUACCUGAACAAAAAGCCUGCUGCAGCGAAAGUUCGAGACUUGUGGGACGAUGCUAAAGCCCGAAUGCAACUCGAAUGGAGAUCUUGGCCGUAUACCUGGCCCGCUUCUUCAGACUACCCCAAGGCAGCAGACCGAGGAGAAGUUUCAGGCCGAAUACUCUUCAGGGACAGGGUCGGAGAUGCCUUAAGACAAUCAGGCAAAGAUGCUCUUGUCGGACUGGCAAAAUCCAGUCAGCCAGGAGCAUGGCAGAAAGACAGCAAGGGUUACCAAUUCUGGACGAAAGCAGAUGUGAGGGGAAAUUACACCAUAAAAAAUGUGCGUGUUGGAGUGUACGACGUGGUCGCUUGGAUACCUGGCGUGCUUGGCGACUUUAGAAGAGAUGGUCGUAUCCGCGUCGGCAGAGGUGAGAAAUUGGUACUAUCUGACAUGGUUUACGAGCCCCCAAGAGCGGGGCCUACGGUUUGGUCGAUUGGUGUUGCGGAUCGAAGUGCCACUGGUUACAUUCCCGACCCAGAUCCGAAAUACGUAAACAAGCUGUUCGUGAAUCACCCUGAAAAAUGGCGACAGUAUGGUCUGUGGGCAAGGUACACGCAGUUAUACCCAGACCAAGACCUGAUCUACACGGUGGGAAAGAGUGACUGGACCAAAGACUGGUUCUUCGCACAUGUCCCAAGGAGAGUCGUGGCUGCUGAUGGAAGCUACAGUUAUAAAGCAACGACUUGGCAAGUCCGGUUCCGUUUGACGACAUUUGACAAAAAAUCAGGCCCCUAUACGCUUCGCUUGGGGAUUGCAGCAUCGAAUCAAGCAGCUAUAGCGAUCAAGGUGAACGACAUCACAUCCAAGACUUUGUUCGACACGCAGCAAUUCGGGAGAGACAAUGCCGUUGCACGCCAUGGUAUACAUGGACUUUAUGUUCUUUUCAGUGUCCAGAUCGCAGCAGCACAUUUCAAGAGCGGAGAUAAUACAAUCUUUCUUACUCAAAGGAAAGUGACAGGUCCAUACAAUGGAGUCAUGUACGAUAGCCUCAGGCUAGAGGGACCAUCCACGUAAAAACCUGGUCACCAUGAUCUUCACGUUUGAAAGCCAAAUCUUCGGCUCAACGCUGUCACAGACGGUGGAAGUAUUACCUACGUUCGUCCUAGCUUUUUGAUUCUCAGGAUUGUCCCUGCAUGUCCGUAUAUGCUUGCUCCAGUUCAAAUACCCUUUCAGUGCAGCAGAAAGUCCAUAGUUUGCCAUUCGAUGUGUUUGAAGGAAAAAAGGCCUUUCAUGUAAAGUGGGUCAGUCAGAUCACCAGAACAUGCUGAAGGAUAGAUCUCUCUAUAGUCUCCAAAUGCAGUUGUAUUAAAAUUAGGACAUAAGCGGAUCAGUAGAUAUUUGUCUUGGUCUGAUUUUCCCUUGUUUAUAAAAGUCACAUUCACUUGUUCAGACCAGUUCUGGAUCUCGGAUUCUCUCAGAUGUGCAAAGAUCACUUGUGAGAGUUGCUAGAAGGCGUUGCCAUCCUCAUUUUGAACUAGAAAAUAAAAAGCCGUGGCCCUAUAAGAGACUCUUAGAAUUUUCCUAAAUCAUUCAAGAACCAUUUCAGGACAAGGAACCUUAAUCUGUUGCUUGCAUAGGUCGGUAGCGGCAUCUAACACGUGGUCGACCUUUCUCAUGUGAAACAUAGUUUCAUAUGUGCUUCAUACAGUAAGCACCUUAGCAGUUCUAGAAAUAUUGCGGUGGACCAAUAUCAGCUCCUGUUCACUGAAGUCCAGACCGAAACACUUC